AUGUCGAACGAAGUGUCGCCCGAUCAGAUGCAGGCGCGCAUCCAGCAGGCCCGUCGCGAGGCAGAGAACCUGAAGGACAGAAUAAAGCGCAAGAAGGAUGAGCUGGCCGAUGGCACGCUCUCUGGCAUUGCCCGGAGUCAACAGGAAGCUUUACCGAAGAAUACAAUGAUGAAGACCCGAAAGACCUUGAAGGGACAUCUUGCGAAGAUCUACGCUAUGCAUUGGUCCACCGACAGGAGACAUUUGGUCUCGGCAUCACAAGACGGAAAGCUCAUCAUUUGGGAUGCGUAUACAACAAACAAAGUUCACGCUAUUCCUCUGCGCUCGUCUUGGGUCAUGACUUGCGCUUACGCCCCCAGCGGAAACUACGUUGCUUGCGGUGGUCUCGAUAAUAUCUGUUCAAUUUAUAACCUCAACUCAAAUCGGGACGGUCCAACCCGUGUUGCACGGGAACUUUCUGGUCACUCUGGAUAUCUUUCCUGCUGUCGGUUCAUCAACGACCGAAGUAUCCUCACCUCCUCCGGCGACAUGACAUGUAUGAAGUGGGAUGUAGAAACGGGAUCGAAGGUUACAGAGUUCGCGGACCAUCUUGGAGAUGUUAUGAGCAUCAGCAUCAAUCCAACGAACCAGAACACCUUCGUUUCCGGCGCCUGCGACGCAUUUGCGAAACUAUGGGAUAUUCGUGCUGGCAAGGCUGUCCAAACUUUCGCUGGACAUGAGUCGGAUAUCAAUGCCAUUCAAUUCUUCCCAGAUGGACACUCAUUUGUCACUGGUUCCGAUGAUGCAACCUGUAGAUUGUUCGACAUUCGGGCUGACAGAGAACUCAACCAAUAUGGAAGCGAAGCAAUUCUCUGCGGUAUCACCUCGGUUGCUACGUCAGUAUCUGGAAGACUUCUAUUUGCUGGUUAUGAUGAUUUCGAGUGCAAGGUCUGGGAUAUCACUCGCGGAGAGAAGGUUGGAUCGCUGGUCGGCCACGACAACCGGGUCAGUUGUUUGGGUGUUAGCAACGAUGGCAUGAGCUUGUGCACUGGAUCUUGGGACUCACUGCUCAAAAUCUGGGCUAUGUGA